UUAUUAUAGCACUAUUUUAGUCUAUUUUUUAUUAUCGUUUUCGUAAAAUGAAGUUUGUUCAAUAAACAAGAAAUGCAAUAUUAGAAUUUAAUUUUUUUAUAUAAACUAACAUAUUUAUAUUAUAACUUUUUCUAUAAUUGGUGAUUUACAAGUAUCGCUCUCAAAGAAAAUUGUCGCCUUCUGAAGUACGUUUCUGUAAUUCUGUUUCUGCUCAGUAAUCAUUGCAAUCAUGGCAGGUGCAAUUGUAAGUCAUGCUUUAGUGUCUAGUUUUAUUCAAGUUGUUUUUGACAAGCUUGCUUCACCUGAGUUUGUGAAUUUCAUUCGGGGAAAGAAGCUUCACAAGAAGCUAAUCAAAAGGUUGGAGACCAAUCUGUAUGCAGUUCAAGCUGUUCUUAAUGAUGCUGAGCAGCGACAAAUCAAUGACCCUGCUGUGAAGAAGUGGCUCGAUGAUGUCAAAGAUGCUGUCUAUGAUGUUGAUGACUUGUUAGAUCGUGUUUCAACCGAAGCAGGAACGGCUCAAAAGAAGGCAGCCAGGUGGUACAAUCUAUGUUCAAGGCCAUUGCAAACGCCAUACCAACACAUCUCCAGGUGGGCUGAAGUGUCUUACAUCCCUGAAAUUCAAAUAAUCUAUCAAGGAUUAUCAAACAGUUCAUGAAAGUUUAUAUGUCCAUGCCAAUCAGCUGCCAUUCAAGAACAAUGAUUUCUUGGGUAGUAUUAUUUUGAGGCAAAGAUUAUCCAAGGGGAGGGAUUUCAUUGCAGGAUAUAAAUAUAAAGU